AAUUUGAAAAGAAAAAAUAAAUUUUUGAAAUGCUGAUUCGUGAAAAGUCGAGGGGUGGCGGUGCGGGAGCCCAACUGUAGGUGGCGCAAUUACAAUAAUCAGGAUGUUAAUUACCGAAGAAGAAAAUUGCGGUGACGGAAAGGAAGUGAUUUUGUACGUUCUCUGAAACUGGAUUUUUUUGAAAAGGCAUUCAGCUUGGCAUGCAGGACAGGGCGGAAGUAACGUGUCGCCUCUUGACGUUACCGUGGGAGGACGUACUGGUUUCACAUAUUUUAUGCCAGUUACCUUUGAGACAGCUUGUCGCCUUGCAACGAGUGAGCAAGCGAUUCCGCACGCUCAUCCGACUCUUCUUUGCCAAAUGCACGAGUUUUGAGGCAGUUGGAUUGCGUGUUCCAAAGGAGGCCUUUUGCUCGCUGGUGAAGGACAACACGGUUCUCCGCAAGCUGUCACUUGAGAGCUGCUCCUCCUGGCUGACGGAUGAGGAGCUGCUGCCCCUGGUCAGCCGGAACCAGCGUCUGAUGACGGUGGACAUGAGUGGCUGCGUGGGCCUCACUCGCCACUCGCUGGUGGCCUUGUCUUUGACCUGCGUACACCUGCGGCAGCUCGCCGUGGCUCGUUGCGCCUUCGUGGACGGUCUGUCCCUGCGCAGCCUGGCCGACCACUGCGGGGCGUUGCGCUCGCUCGACCUCAGCGGAUGCUGCCGGCUGAAGGACGACGCCAUCUGCUACCUGGCCAAGAAGUGCGCACGGUUAACGUUUCUGUCUUUGGCUGGAAAUGAAAAUAUCACAAGUGAUUCAGUGGAGGAGGUGGCCAAGAACUGCAGGGGCCUCGAGCAUCUGGACCUGAGUUGCUGUCUGCGGGUCAGGGACCAGGCCGUUAGGACGGUUGCCGAAUACUGCCCCAAGCUGCAGUCCUUGAAGGUGAAACACUGCCACCGUGUGACCGAGUCCAGCCUGGAGCCGCUGCGCAAGCGCAACGUGCGAAUGGACGUUCAUCCGCCGCCGGGAAGGGAGCGGCUUUCCAUCACCGUGCGCUCUGGUCCUUAUGUCAAUAUCCAGGUAUAAGCCAUGUCCACACUGUUUAAGGAAUAUUUGAUGCUUGUUUGUGUUUGGCCUUUCACCGACAUCUUUCACAUUCAAACUCAUUGAAAAUGUUAAAAUGUGUCAAAACCAUUGCCAAAAAAAAAAAAAAAAGUGUCAUAUCAUGAGCCGAUGCGAUUGUAUUUAGUUUGGUUGACGCGUAAAGGUUCAUUUCACUGUGACUCCACCUUUCUACAAAUGACUUCCUCCUAACUUCUGAUUCUAAAAUGGCUUUUGGCAGUUACUUUGACAACCGAUGUGCUUUUUGCUUACCGAGACUGUUGAUCAAUCAGUGAGUUAAAAAAAAUAAAUAAAUAAAUAACCGGUCCGUGAUCCCAACUUGUUUAUUUACUGUCCAAUAGCUAAAAUUUGCGUUAAAUGGAAGCAAGUUGAAAUGCGUUGGGGAGGUUGUGUGUGAAAUAAAAAAAACAUUUAAACUCUCAAAAUUGUCCCAAAAAUGUGAAUUGACAUUCAGUAGACA